AUGAGCUCUGACUCUGUACGUGGCGAAACGCACAUAGACAAGGGCAAAGCAAGGGCAGCCGAGCCUGAACCUACUGAAGGCACUCCUCUCUUAGGCUCGGCUUCCGCCCCAUACACUUCUCGAGACGACCUUGACAGCACACCGAGGCCGCGACGGCUGUGGUCGAGAUUGGUCACAGUGUUCCUCAUCUCUCUUUCGCUCUGUGUUCUAGCUUUUCUGCUCGUUAUUGUGGUAGCAUACUCUUACCGUUCUCGUGCGUCAGAUAUCUCGCCGGACGAAAUUCUACAGCAUGCCCUCGUGGUAAAAGGCCCCAGCCGAGUAGACGUUUUGAACACAACCGGUGAUGGUGGGGUAUGGGUGAACGUUCAUUGCAAGCUGGGUUUGGACGCAGGGGAGGUAGCAGGUGUUAACACAGCUGCGGGAGACAAUUUCGUGCAAGGCCUGUGGAAAUCCGUCGGGCGGUGGGGUAUUCGACAGCUUGAUCGAGUCACCGUCGACCUCACCGAAAUUGGGGUAUUCCCGGAGAGCGACCCGUCACAAUCUCUCACCACAAUUACUCUCCCCUCCCUUGAAAUACCUUUAACUGCGAAUCCACCACCAGAUACCACUUGGUUGACGGAAAUGAUCAUUCCUGUGCUUAUUCAACCAACGAAGGAUAUAUCUGUCGUCAUGCGCUUCUUGCGGGACAGUUGGAGAGACAGCAGAAUUGCUGUGCGGACAGUUGUGGCGCAAGCGUUCGUGCAAGGUGGUGGUCUACAAGACAGCGGAUGGCGACGGAACAUGCAGAUCCUACGGUCAGAUAUCCGUGCUGUGGUACACAUACAGAUCCCCGCAUUACCAGGAUUGCCACCACCGGGGCACAAUAAUCCAUUCCCCACGCUUUCCGAGCUCGUCACCCUGCAACGUUUCUCGAUCACUUCGGCCAACGACACACUUUCUGUCGACGCAACAGCUACAGUAGUCGAUCCUGUUCCGGUGCCAUUUGCAUUCAAUUUUACUGUGCCGGCAAUGCCUUUUGUUAUCUCUCUUCCAUUUGUCAAUGCUUCUACGGUCUCCACGUCGGUCCGGGUUGCUACCGUUAACACUCAACCAUUUACGCUCACUCAUCCCAACGUUACAGUGGGCAUCAAUGGUACCGUACUUCCACUGUCCACAGACGCCUCAGCCACAGUGUCUGCAUUCCUUGGGAACUACAUCUCAGGACGAGAUUCGGACAUCGUAUUGUCCACACCGCUGAUUCACAACCUGACUUUGGAGGCGAAGUUCCCCGCUGCCCAUCCGAAGCCGCAGAUUCUGCGGAACGUCACUAUCAAAGACAUGAAAAUCAAGGCCAUCGGUUCUGGAAUGUACGCCAGUGGCAUUGUUUUUGCAAGAGUUGUCCAGCCCAGAGGCAUGAACGUCGGAUUGGACGUCGUGCGCGUCUUCCCCGAUGUGCUGGUAUAUGAUGGCGAGGUUCCCGACGAUAGUUCGGUCUUAUCCGUUGGAGCCCGAGAACCUGCUCACUACGUAGAAGGCGAACCGCCCGAAGUGCCUCUUCCCGACCCGCUUCCGCAGCGCGCGUUCGCGCAUAUCAGACCAGAAGAUUGGCUGCCUUCCACGAGCAAACCCGCUGAGAGCGGGGACGAAGAAGGGUCUGCGGUUGCUGUCUCCGCCACGAUCGUUGAUGUACCCCUGGAAGUACUUCCUGGACGCGAGCGCGAAUUUAGCAACUUUGUUAGCAAGGUUAUUUUUGGGUCUCAGGGAGCCGUGGCUGGCAUCCAAGGACUUGCUGCAGUGGCAUUGCAUGUGCAGGGACUGCCGUUUCGCAGUGGGCGGAAUGGCGAGAUGGAGCUGAUGGGUCUUCCGUUCAAAGGUACCGUGCGUAUCGGGAAGAGGAGCAUGUUCAAUGACAAUGCUGCAAAUAUGGACUGA